AAAACAAGGAUAUGAUGAGAGUAACAGAGCGAUAGCUAACACAGUGGCUGAAGUAGCCAGGAGGGCCCAUGUGGGCAGAGCAAAGCUACUGGUUGUGGGUUCCUUCACCCACAAAGAAAUCAACUGGGAAAACCUGGAGCCACAUGGAGGCCCAGAAACAUGGAGGGUAAAUAAUUUGGAGGGGGUACAGGAAAAUCUCAUGCAUCAGCACAUUGGGGACACUACCAGAGAAAAAGGGAGAAGACGAACCCGCAAGACUGGACCUAGUAUUCACCUUAAGAAGUGCAAAUAUUGAGGACAUCACAUAUGAAAGGCCCCUCACAGCUAGUGACAUGUGGUUCUAAGCUUCGAAUAUAUACUACCACUGACUACUACGCCACACACUCUACUAAGUUCACAAUGCAUCAACCAUCCAGCACUACCAUCAACACCAUCAUUGUAGCAACACUGUUGGUUCCAGUGGUCUUACCUAGCAUCACUGUGGCAUCUGGUGAUGCUCUGCAAGAUUCCAAGUCCGUGAAGGAAAAUGGUAGUUUGUCAAGCCACCAGGAAUCCCUAAGUCAAGACACCAUCUACUGCCGGCACAUGGCAUCAAUGAUAGCAUGUGACUACAAGUGGCAAAAACAGGUAUGUCUUGUUAUGUCUGAAGCAUGAUAGAAGUUAUGUCUUUCUCUUUAUGACAAAACAAGUUAUGUGUAUCCGUCGAGGUUAGAGCUAUGAUAAAGCUUGUAAAUGUAUUAAAGACAAGCAUCACACACCACGUAAACUGACACUUGAUGCUUUAAUAAGUCUCUAGUUGAUUGUUUACACAAGGUGCAUUACAAUGAUUCAAACAUCUAUAAACUAAGUUGACAAAUCUACCAGCAAACUAAACUUAAAGUGUACUAUCCUGGUCAUAAGAUACAUUACCCAUUACAUACUGAAACCUUUCAGAUGCAGACUCCAAUAUACUUAACGUGAUUUAACGGAAUAAAAAUUCCCCACUAUUUUACACACAAACGUGACAGUUUCAAGUAACUUACAAAAAGGUUUAGUAAGUUACUUGAGUCGUUCCAGGAAUCCUGAAAUGCAUUCCACAAAUUUGGUCAAAGGACGCCUGCCCUUCCUAAGUGUUCCAAGAAACUUGCCCUGGUUACCGUACACCAGCUUUGAAAAUUUGAAGCCGAUUGGAUGAGGCUUUCUCGUGUUGUGAACAAAAUAGAAAAAAAAAAAGUUGGAUGAAAAAAACGAGAGAAAAAAUUAAGCAAACAUUUAAAAAGUCUCCUUUUGA